AUGUCAGCGAUACUAUCGACCACUAGCAAAAGUUUCUUAUCAAGAAACUCCACAAGACAAUGUCAAAAUAUGCAGAAGGCUCUUUUUGCGUUAUUGAACGCUCGCCACUAUAGUAGCGCCACCGAACAAACGUUGAAGGAGAGAUUUGCUGAAAUUAUUCCAGCGAAGGCAGAAGAAAUUAAGAAAUUCAAGAAAGAACAUGGUAAAACCGUCAUUGGCGAGGUCCUCUUGGAGCAAGCUUAUGGUGGUAUGAGAGGUAUUAAAGGCCUUGUUUGGGAAGGUUCCGUGUUGGACCCCGAGGAAGGUAUCAGAUUUAGGGGUCGUACCAUUCCAGAAAUUCAAAGGGAACUACCAAAGGCUGAGGGCAGUACAGAACCUUUACCGGAAGCUUUAUUUUGGUUGCUAUUGACGGGUGAAAUACCUACCGAUGCUCAAGUUAAAGCUCUUUCUGCAGAUUUAGCCGCUAGGUCAGAAAUUCCAGAGCACGUUGUCCAACUUUUAGAUAGUCUCCCAAAGGAUCUACAUCCAAUGGCCCAAUUUUCUAUUGCCGUGACUGCUUUGGAAAGCGACUCUAAGUUUGCCAAAGCAUAUGCUCAAGGUGUGUCUAAGAAAGAAUAUUGGAGCUACACCUUUGAAGAUUCGCUGGAUCUGCUAGGUAAAUUACCUGUCAUCGCUUCCAAAAUUUAUCGUAAUGUAUUCAAGGAUGGUAAAAUUACUUCAACAGAUCCUAAUGCUGACUAUGGUAAGAAUUUGGCUCAACUUUUGGGCUAUGAAAAUAAGGAUUUUAUUGACCUAAUGAGACUAUAUUUAACUAUUCAUUCUGAUCAUGAAGGUGGUAAUGUUUCUGCGCACACUACGCAUUUGGUGGGUUCUGCCCUAUCUUCGCCAUAUUUAUCUUUAGCCGCUGGUUUGAAUGGUUUAGCUGGCCCACUGCAUGGCCGUGCCAAUCAAGAAGUUUUGGAAUGGCUGUUUAAGUUGAGAGAAGAAGUGAAAGGUGAUUAUUCUAAAGAAACAAUUGAAAAGUACUUGUGGGAUACUUUGAACGCGGGGAGAGUUGUUCCAGGUUACGGUCAUGCCGUUUUGAGAAAAACUGAUCCUCGUUAUACGGCUCAACGUGAAUUCGCAUUGAAACAUUUCCCAGAUUACGAGUUAUUCAAAUUAGUCUCCACUAUUUAUGAGGUUGCCCCAGGUGUGUUAACUAAGCAUGGUAAGACUAAGAACCCAUGGCCAAAUGUUGAUUCACAUUCCGGUGUUUUACUGCAAUACUAUGGCCUAACUGAGGCUUCAUUCUACACUGUAUUAUUUGGUGUUGCCAGAGCCAUUGGUGUAUUACCUCAAUUAAUCAUUGAUAGGGCUGUUGGCGCUCCAAUCGAAAGACCAAAAUCAUUCUCUACUGAAAAAUACAAGGAGUUGAUAAAGAAAAUCGAAAGUAAGAACUAA